AUGGACCCUUUUCGUGAGGAGAGGUCGAGUGUUCUUGGGCUCUGGAUGUUUUCUGUGCUUCUGCAACUCCUCAACGAUCCCCUGGCUGGGAUACCAGGCCCCAUCUACUGUCGCUUCUCGCGUCUUCCCUACGUGUACUGGGUGUGCACGGGUCGGCUCGUCUUUCGCAUCAAGGAGCUCCACGACCAGUACGGAGAAGUGUUCCGCAUCGCGCCGGACGAGGUGCAGUUCAUCAACCCGGAGGCCUGGAAGGACAUUUUUGGCCACAAGACGCAGGGCGCCAAGGAGUUCCCCAAGGACCUGCGCUUCUACCCGAUGCCGCCGGGCGGGGUCCGGGACCUCUUGACGGCGGACCAGGCCAACCACCCGCGCAUGCGCAAGAUGCUGUCCCCGGCGUUUGCCGAGAAGACGCUGCGGGAGCAGGAGGCCAUCAUCACCUCGUACGUGGACUUCAUGGUGGGCAAGCUGCGGGGCAUGGUCACAAAACAAGAGGACGGCGCGGUCUACGCCAGGGCGGACAUGGUCAAGUGGUACAACUACCUCAUCUUUGACAUCAUUGGCGAUCUCACCUUUGGCAAGCCCUUCUUUUGCCUGGCGUCCAGCGACUACCACCCCUGGGUGUCGACCAUCUUCUCGAGCACAAAGGGGGCCAUCAUCGCCAACAACGGCGACUACCUCCCGGCCGUCAAGUACCUGGCCAUGCUGCUCCUGGUGGUGGCCAAGCCCCGCCUGGUGAUCGACAGGAUCUCGAGGCUCAAGUACAGCGUCAACAAGACCAGCGAGCGCCUGGCCUCCCAGACCGACCGGCCCGACUUCAUGUCCUACAUCAUGAAGGGCGCCGAGACGGGCCAGCCGCUGUCCAAGGAGGAGCUCGACGCCAACGCGGACCUCUUGGUGUUUGCCGGCAGCGAAACCACCUCCACCUUCCUGUCGGGCUGCACCUACUUUGUCCUGAGCAACCCCCGGGUCUACAGGCGCCUGGUCGCCGAGGUCCGGGGCUCCUUCAACAGCGAAGAGGAGAUGACCUUUGCCUCGAUCCAGAGGCUCCCCUACCUCAGCGCGGUGAUGCAGGAGGCAUUCAGGAUGUACCCGCCCAUCCCCGUCGGGCCGCCGCGCAAGGUGCCCGAGGGUGGUGCCGUGGUCCGCGGCAUCAGCUUGCCCGAGAAUACUGCCGUUGCCAUCACGCAGUACGCAGCUGGCCACUCCGAGACCAACUUUACCGAUCCCUACACCUACACGCCAGAGCGUUGGCUCCCGGACGCGGACGAGCGUUUUGCUUCUGACCGCCGCCGCGCCGUUCAGCCGUUUGCGGUUGGUCCACGGAACUGCAUUGGCCAAAACCUCGCCACGGCCGAGAUUCGUCUGACCAUGAUCAAAAUGCUAUGGCACUUUGAGGCGGAGCUGGCCCCAGAGUGUGAAAACUGGCACAAGCAGUCCAUCUUUGGUCUCUGGGAAAAGCCACCCUUGAUGAUCAAACUGAGACCUCGUGAGCGUUAG